UAUCAUAAGACACCUCGAUCGAACACAAGCCUUUCCAAAGAUUCUUCUUGGUCGGCAUCUAAUCAGCAUACCAGCGGCACCCGAUGAAGCAAAAGAUUGUGAUCAAGGUGAGCAUGUCGUGCGACAAGAGCCGGUCGAAAGCCAUGACGAUGGCCGCCAAAGCGCACGGGGUGAGUUCGGUGGGGAUAACCGGCGACAGCAAGGACAUGCUGGAGGUGGUCGGCAACGGCGUCGACCCGGUGUGCCUCGUCGGCUGCCUGCGCAAGAAGUACCGCGACGUUCACAUCGUCAAGGUGGAGGAAGUGAAGGAUGAGAAGAAGAAGGACGAGAAGGAGGAUCCGCCGCCGUACUGGUGGUACCCCGGCUACUACCACCACCCGUACCAGCCGAGCAUGGUCGUUUGCGACGAGCCCGCCACCCCCUGCGCCAUCAUGUGAUUGCCAAAUAUAGCCAAGAAGCCGAGUUCGCCAUAUGGAGAGGCCGGAAGUUUAUCCACCAUUUCGGAGUACUGGUAAUUAAAUUGGAAGAAAUAAAGAGGCCUGUGUAUAUAUGUAUAUACGUCGUUAGUUAGAUAUAUACUCCCCCUAUACCUAAUUAAUUAUAGUUAGGAAGAACUAGAGAGUCUCGUUUUUUCCAACUAAAAUUAUUUAGUUACAGUGGAAGUUGUAGUAUAUCGAGAAGAAGAAGCAAUCACGUAUGCCCAAGAUCUGAACUCAUUGCCUUUU